AUGACUAUACCCCAUGCAUUGUCUAAAGUUUCAAGUGGAGGUGUUUAUGCAAUGGCAAACCAAUCUCCACCGGUUCGGACUUGCGUUCUGAGAGUUGGACUCAAAUGUUGCAAAGGUUGCCAGACAAAGGCAAAAAGGAAGAUGCUAAGUGUCUCUGGGGUGAGUGCAGUUGAGUAUAACGCAGUACAAGGGCUCUUAACAGUCUCAGGUGACGUCAACCCAACGAUAUUACUUCAUAAGCUUAACAAAUGGGGCAAAAAGGCAGAGAUUGUCUCUGUUCUUGGAGACAACUCUUCCCAUGUUCCUAGUACCCCGGAACAAAACCAAAACAAUGCAAUGGAGAAGGAGGAGGAGAGACCAACAAAGUGUUGUCUUCUGUUGUGUUUUGGAAAGAGAAGUAGUAAAUCAAAGGUGGAGCCUUUUGCGGCGACCCCAAAUUGGCACCAUGGAGGAGUAAGGGCUGGAAAUGGCAGUCUAACACCCUUAAUCAACGUUGGUGCACCUCCCAUGGUGUAUCCUCCACCUCGAGCAAUGCCUGGCUUUGCAACACCCAUACCAUACCCUCCUCCUUCCUUUUUUGGACCGAGACAACCACCACCACCAUACACUUACACUGGUGAAAUGUUCCGGUCAGUUCCACCACAGUCCCCACCAUAUUUCCAUUCAAUGCAGACAAGGUUUUCACAUAUGGUCGACUCUAGGCUGCAUUACCCGCACCACUGA